UUAUUAAUCAACCGCGAGCUGGAUCGAACGUUCUCUCCUCUUCUCUCCUCGGUGGAGGUCUACUCGUUUCAGACUGUUCAUCUAUCUGCCUCUCCUAGAUAUAUAUACCUACCUAUAUAUAUUCCUAUCUUGCCGAGAAAGCUUCUACGCCAUACGUUGAUCGACACAAGCAUGGCUACCGACGACAAGGCAGGAUCUGGAGUGCCCAAGGACAUCCCCAAUGUGGCAGCCAAGGGUGUCCCGUUCUUUACGCCGGCCCAGGAGCCGCCCGCUGGGACCGCCGUGGACCCUCAGCCGGACGGAAGCGCCAUCCCCAAGCUCUUUACCCCCUUGAGGAUCCGUGGCCUCACCCUUCAGAACCGCAUCUUUGUGUCCCCCAUGUGCCAGUACUCGGCGGAUAAUGGCUCCCAAACCCCGUGGCAUACGGCCCAUCUCGGCGGGAUCAUCCAGCGAGGGCCUGGACUUACUAUCAUCGAAGCCACCGCUGUGCAGGCUCGCGGUCGGAUCACGCCGCAGGAUAGCGGACUGUGGCUAGACGAGCAGAUCGAGCCGCUGAGGCGGAAUGUGCAGUUUGCUCACUCUCAGGGACAGCACAUCGCUAUCCAGCUUGCCCACGCGGGCCGAAAGGCGUCAAUGGUUGCUCCCUGGCUAAGCCGGGCAAGCCUCGCCACCAAAGAUGUGGGCGGCUGGCCGGACGAUGUCGUUGGGCCAAGCGCCAUCCCCUACGACGAAAGCCACGCCCAGCCGAGAGCCCUGUCUCUCGCAGAGAUCCAGCAGCUGAAGGCCGACUUCGCGUCGGCAGCUCGGCGCUCCGUCCAAGCCGGAUUCGACGUGAUCGAGCUGCAUUCCGCCCACGGGUACCUGCUGCACAACUUUUUGUCUCCCGUCUCGAACCAGCGCACGGACGAAUAUGGCGGUAGCUUCGAAAACCGCGUUCGACUUCUUCUCGAGAUCGUAGAGGAAGUUAGGAAGGUCAUACCCGACAGCAUACCGCUGUUCGUGCGUUUCAGCGCGACGGAGUGGCUAGAGGGAGUCGACGGCAUCAAGGAGAGCUGGAAGGUCGAGGACGCGGUGCAACUGGCGGAGCUGCUGGCGGAGCGCGGUGUCGACGUGAUCGACGUAUCGAGCGGCGGAAAUCACCCGAAGCAGAAAGUCAAGACGGGACCGGGCUACCAGGCGCCGCUCGCCAAGGCGGUGAAGCGGGCGGUAGGCGACAAGGCGCUAGUUUCAACAGUAGGAAACAUUGUGAACGGGAGGCUGGCCGAGCAGCUGCUCGUCGGUGGGCAGGGAGAAGACGACACACCUCUGGACAUCGCGAUGGCCGGGCGUUUGUUCCAGAGAAACCCGGGCCUCGUCUGGACCUGGGCUGACGACCUCAACACGUCCAUAUAUGUCGCGAAUCAGAUUGGGUGGGGAUUUGGAGGCAGAGCCACGAAGAAGAAGAGCGUAGCGGAGACUCAGAAAACGGACGACGGAUCUAGAGGCGGAGCCGAAUCGAAGGGUCUACUCGGUCCUCUCCCAUGAUUAGGCAGAUGGCGCGUGGCAGGCAAACUCUCGACGGACACGGAAGCCCUGGCAUUCAGGUACAUGGGGGACCAAAAGUAGAAGCGCAAAACAGGUUGCAGACGCGCACUCCCCUCGUCGCUAUAGACCUCUUCCGAGAAUGUAGACCAUGAUUGAGGCAUCUCCCUCGCACCCAACCGAUGAAUAU